UGUGGGCGAGUGAGUCAUAGCGAGGGUGACCCUGCUUACAGGUAAUGGACUGAGUAAACAGGUAAGACGCUCGUUUGGAAGUCGGACCUGGGACAGACGGAGUUUGACAUUGUGACAACUGUAUGUAAUGUUGGAGUCCGACCUGCUGGACAGGCUGUUACUCGAGAGGACAUCUACCACUGUGUGUUGAAGCAGAGACCAACAAGUGUACAUCUCAUACCCAGAUCAGUGACGAGUUCAUCACAGCAUCAUGAAGCAUUUCUACGUGACUGCUGUAGUUUUGUGUGUAACUGUAGCAAUGUGUAGUGUAGCAUCCAUGCCAGCAGACUGUCCUCAACUGGAAGCCAUUAUACACACCUGUACCUGUGAGGGGAGUCUGGAUCAACCCACUGACAUAGUCAUCAACUGUCGCCGCAAAGGUCUCACCACCUUUCCUACCAUUAAUGGAUCCUACACUGGAAUAAUCUAUGAAUUCACACUGGCUUAUAACGAUAUUGAGACAGUCCCGGAUGAUGCUUUUCAAGGACUCCGCAUCAAACGCUUGGAUUUAACCAACAACAAGUUGUCCAGCAUAUCUGAUGUGUCUUUCCGUGGAUUGGAAGCCGACCUUACAGUGUUGAAGAUCAGUGGAGGUGCCACAGGCAUAAAUGCACCUUUCACUGCCAUGUCCAAUCUGACCACCCUUCAAGAACUGACACUUCAAAAUUUCAUGAUUCCCGGUGGAGACUUGGAAAACAGUAUCUUUUUACAGCCCUUUUCUGCUCUCCAGAAACUGACACUUGUGAACUGGAACCUGAAGUCAAUUGCCACAGCAGCCUUUACAGGUCUGACAAGCUUAAAAGAGCUGUAUGUUCAGCAGCAACCAAAUCUCACAUCACUGCCUGUUGGAGCUAUCAACCUACUGCAAGAUACAAUUGAGAAGAUAGAGAUAUCAAACACUAAAAUAAUAAAACUGUAUAGCUACAGUUUCCAAACUAUGAAGGUCCUCAAAACUUUGGUACUUGCAUCAAAUCUUAUUGCAGACCUAGAGGACAAUUGUUUCAAUGGCCUGGAAGACAAACUCCAAUUUUUGGACAUGAGUUUAAACACAAUUCCGUUGUCAAGUUUGUCCCAAUUGCAGGUCCUGCGUAAUCUACGAACACUUAAAUUACAAAACUCUGGAUUAACUACUCUUCCAACAAAUGCAGCACUUUUCAACAACAAACCAAAUCUACAGAUUCUUGAUCUCAGAGGCAACCGCUUGACAACUGUAUCUCAUAAUGUAUUCGCAAACUUGUCAUCACUGGUACAACUGGAUCUUUCUGAAAACCAGAUCGGAACAAUGGGGGACAACUCUCUCAGUGGCUUGACAAACUUGAAGUACCUUGACCUUGGCCAUCAGAGUCUGGUGGGCACUUCCCUCAAAUUACCUCCCCUGGCCCAGCUUACCUCAUUGAUCACCCUAACUCUGGAGUUCACACCUCUCUCCAGCCAGAGUUGGGACAGCAUUCGUCAAGCUAGUUCACUGACAACACUGAACUUGAGGCAGACUGGCUUCACCAGUAUCCCAAACAUGACCUUCAGCACAAUGACAAAUCUCAAUACCCUUAAUCUUGGAAACAAUCAAAUCACAAACAUUUAUCAAGAAACAUUUGUAGGUCCCCAAAAUCAUUUAAAAAGUAUUGACUUAUCUUCAAAUUUGAUAAAUCACUUUGACAGCUGCACUUUCCACAAUUAUAGCUUUCCAUUAAAAUUGAAUCUAAUAGGCAAUCCACUUCAUUGCGACUGUCAUCUUUACUGGCUCAGUAAGGCUGUGAGGGAUGGACAAAUCUCCUUAGAAACAUAUCUCCCAAACACAUGUACGUACCCACCCCAAAGGAAUGGUUCUGAUUUCUCAGCACUCAAUCCAAGUGACUUGUGCUCAACAGCACCAAACCCAGCAGUGUGCAGUGACUACUACAGCCCUACAACCACUACAACACCAACCACUACUACCACCACCCAACCAAGCGUCAUCAUCAGUGUCACCUUCAUGAGUGCCACUACUGACAGCAUCACUAUCUCCUGGACUCUGGACUUGCCCGAACUGUUGAAUUACAUCAUAGUCAGCCAUAUAGAAAUACCUGGUGGAACCACACCCAUUUACUCAAGGGAGAUCACUCCUGGUAAUUUGCAAUACAGCAUUGACGGACUAAAACAAAAUACCGGAUAUGAAAUUUGUGUUGAAGGACACCCAAAGGUUGGCCAACAAAAACAAACAUGCAUAAAAGAAAACACUAAACCAACUCCGACACUUCCACCCAAUAAUGACGAUCAGACAUCCAACUCAACAGAAAUAGGACUUAUCAUCGGUUCUGUUAUUGGGGGGCUAGUGCUGCUUGCCAUUCUUGUUGCAAUCAUUUAUCUCGUGUUUCUACGUAAGAAGUCUCCUAAGGACAAAUAUCCAGUUCAGCCUCGUACCUUCACAAGAGCUGAACUUCCCCAGAUGGGAUAUGAUUCCAAAAGAUAUCGCAAAAAGAAGAAGGAGGAUACCACAGAUGGAAACAAGAACCAGGUCACUGUUUCAACAGUCACUGAUGGUAAAAAUGGUCAGCCUAACAUAGGUCGUAUUUCAGCCGGAAGUUAUCAAUACUUACAGGAGAAGCAACCAAUCAGCAAUAAGCCGAACCCUGUUCCUCCAUAUGUUAACGAUGCGGCAGCUAAACAGUAUUCCUCCCCAUACGAGAAUGACGUGAACAUGCGUCCAUUACCGAGGAUGCCACAAGACUCACCAGGGUAUUAUAACCCUGCCUUUCGGCACAGCACAACCCCAGACCAGCAGCCUCAUACAUACUCGGAGAUCCACUUGUAGAAUUCCUACAUCAUAAUCGCCAAUGUGUGCCUGUACACUGUGCUUCUCCCCUGUGCCUUUACAUACACAAUCAAUGGGGCCAGUGUACAAAUAUAUCAAGUUGGUUCAACAUCCAUUCCAAGGUUCUACAGGGUGUUGUGUUCCCUGGUGCUGACCAAAUAACAAGCUAUCAACCUGUGAAUGUGAAAAAGACACUGACAGAUCUGUAGUCCUCAACAAUCAAGUAUUUGUGGAAUGACAUCCAUAUUAAUUCCAUGGAAACAAGAUCUGUGUAUCACUCAACAGUACUUAAGGCUCCAUGAUAUAUCUGACUCUGAGAGUCAUGGCAAUUCAAGCCCGUGUGUUUGUGUGUGGCGAGAUGAUGACUUCCUCAAGCACAUUCCAGCAUGACACUCCUGCUGCAAGUGCUGCUUAUUGGUGCUUACUGGUGCUAAGCACUAGGUUAACAAACUGGGCUUGUCUCAUGCACCGGAGACACUUGUGUCUGUUCUACCAUAGGAUGAGCCUUCCUGAUUGGACUAUUUACUAGACUGCAGGUAUCACACUAUCUACCCAAUCUACCCGCAGCUAUGAACAAUGUGAGUGCCGUCCAUUGACAGUUUUAGACACAGCAAUGACUUGUGAUAUUACACAGGAGGCAUAGACGACAUACGCCUACUGGGGAGACUCCUACAGGCAGGGAAACUGUCCAGGGUGCUGUUGUACAAAACGAUCUCAGCACUAAGGUGAUCGUAACUCCUAUACCUUAACACAGACUCAGGACAGUCGUAGCGCUAAGGUUGUUUUGUACAACGUCACCCAGAACCUGCAAACAUCCCGUAACAGUUGACUUCAUAUCACAUAUGCAAAAUAUAUUUUCAAUGUUGUUAAAUUCUAUGUCAUGACUAUAACAUAACCACUACAAUCACUGUCCCUAUGGGCUUGUAUUCAGGAUAUGUAUUGAUGGAUGAAUCUAAAAACAUAUUUUGCCACCGAAUAAUCAAAAUGAAUCAAUACCAAAAGUACCAUCUCAUUACCUCAAUUUGAAUAUUUUUUAAACAGUAAUUCACUUCUUACCUAUAAAUGCUGAAAUUAACAUGAUUAUGUGCUCAUUUUGUAAUUAUUUUGUAUUUUGUACCAGUUCAUAAACCUUUGACUAUAUCCAGGAUAACAAAUAUUCAUUAUUUGAAAUCAAACAUAGCCCAUGGAAAAUUAGUUCCUAUUCGGAAGUUGUGAAUUUACUCUGGAAAUAAAUGGGUAAAUGUUGGUUAAACAGUAUUUGUAUCUGACAGAUUGUAUAAUAGUGGAUCCAAUACUUCUUGUGAGAGCUAUUACACAAGGGUCUAAAUCAUCUGUGUGUUUCCAAGCACAUGACAUUUUAGCCAAAUUCAUGCAGAUUCACGGACCAAACCAUCCUUCCCCAGGGUGUUUGGUACAUGAAUAUGCAUGAAUUUUGCUAAAAGUUCCUGUGAUCCAAGUUGAUGACAGAUUCUCAAAUGACCAUGUACACCUGAGAUCUCAAUCAAGUGCUAGUCGACCUGUCCGACAUGUACAUACAAUGUGUAUUGACCACUGGUGAACGAAGGACACCAGCAGGAUGUCCUAGUGUGUAUGUAUUGACCAGAGAUAGCAGAAUAUAAUAUACAUUCCAGUUGAUUUUUGUUUUUAUAUACCUUGUAUACCAGACUAUACACUUCUAUUUUUCAUGUUUUAUCUUGUAUAUAUUGUACAAAUGUACAUAUUACUGACAUUUGAUGACUGUAAGCAGCAGCAGCAGCAGCAGCAGCAGCCACACAUGGACCGUGGAACCUGGCCUACCCACAGUCUUCAUUACACACCUCCAGGUUAUCUGGGGUACUAAUAAUUCAUAGUUUUAAAGGGGGACUAUACUCUACAAAUUGGCAGUCCAGCCAAUUUGAUUGAAGGCCUUAAAUCAACCCUUUGUCUAUGUGAUAAGUUAGAUUAUGAUGUAUAUCAAUGUUGUGGUUGAUGCUUACAUGUGGCAUGAAUUAAAAAAUGUCAACCUGGGCUGGAUAUUAGCACAAGUGUGGAGUAGUGUUUCCCUUUAAAGAAGAAAAAGGCUUCCGGAGUGCCUGUCUGAAGCCUCUCUCCUCUGUCCAUGUGUGGCUGAAUAUAUAUGCAAUCUGAUAUUAUGUACAGACCUACAUAGUUUUGAAAACAUGAUUCUUAUGGUAAUAAAUUUUUAAAAACAAA